AUGGCCCUGCUGAUGGAACACCAGUUCAGGCAGCUUCCAGCAGACAAGCAGGUGGAAACAAGACCUUUUCUGGAGGCCGUGUCGUACAUCCCAUCCUUCUUUGACUGUCUGGGGCCGACCAUCUUUGCGCCAAUAAAAGCCGAUCUAUCAGGAAACAUCAUGAAAAUCAAAGCAGUCUAUGACACCAACCCAGUGAGGUUCAAGACGCUUCAGCACAUUUUGGAGGCUGAGAAGGAAAUUCAUGGGUCAAACUGGCCAAGAGUCGGUGCCACGGUGGCUCUUCUGUGGUUGAAAAGGGGACUGCGAUUCGUCCAAGUUGUGCUUCAAAGUCUUGUGGACGGGGAGAAAGACGACACCAACCCAAACCUUAUCAGGGUCAAUGUCACCAAAGCCUACGAAAUGUCCCUAAGGAAGUAUCAUGGCUGGUUUGUGCAGCAGCUUUUUAAGGCGGCGCUAUAUGCUGCACCGUACAAGUCUGAGUUCCUGAAGGCGCUGUCCAAGGGUCGGGACGUGAAAGAAGAGGAAUGUUUGGAGAAGAUCAAAAAGUUCCUGGUGAAUUUCUCCCCCACUGUUGAUGCCAUCUAUGAGCUGUACAGUAAGAUGAACGCUGAUCUGGAUUACAGAGUCUGA